CUCCCCUUACUUCCCCGGGAACGCCAUGGAGGCCAACUGGACCGCUUUCUUGUUUCAGGCUCAUGAUGCCACUCAUCAUCAUCACCACCACCAUCAUCAGCAACAGGCAGCCCAAAAUAGCUUACUACCACUUUUGGGUACUCCUGUUGAGCCCCCUGAUCAGAAACCAAUGUUACCUUUACCAGUAACACAAAAACCUCAGACUCAGGCAGAACCUCUAAAGGAACCUGUAGUAGUGAAGAAGGAAAAGCCCAAAACAUCAUUUAUAUGCACAUACUGCAGCAAAGCUUUCAGGGACAGCUACCAUUUGAGGCGCCAUGAGUCCUGCCACACAGGAAUCAAAUUGGUGUCACGGCCAAAGAAAACACAGACGACUCCUGUUGUACCCCUUAUUUCAACUAUUGCUGUAGACAAUAACAGAACAUCAUUGGUCUCCACAAUUGCUGGGAUCUUGUCCACGGUUACCACUUCAUCAUCUACCACAAUCCCUACUGCCAGUCCUAGUAUCCCUCCUAUGCCUGUUGCACCACCCGUGAAGAAGCCUAGCAAGCCUGUCAAGAAGAAUCAUGCUUGUGAGAUGUGUGGAAAAGCAUUCAGGGAUGUGUACCAUCUCAACAGGCACAAACUGUCUCACUCUGAUGAAAAGCCCUUUGAAUGUCCAGUAUGCAAUCAGCGUUUCAAAAGAAAAGAUCGCAUGACUUAUCAUGUUCGAUCUCAUGAAGGUGGCAUCACAAAACCCUACACAUGUAGUGUGUGUGGAAAAGGUUUCUCAAGGCCUGAUCAUUUAAGUUGUCAUGUGAAGCAUGUUCACUCCACAGAAAGGCCUUUCAAAUGCCAAACUUGCGCUGCUGCCUUUGCCACAAAAGAUAGGCUUCGAACACACAUGGUUCGCCAUGAAGGAAAGGUGUCUUGUAAUAUUUGCGGCAAACUUCUCAGUGCAGCAUACAUCACUAGUCACCUAAAAACACAUGGGCAAAGCCAAAGUAUCAACUGUAAUACCUGUAAGCAAGGUAAAAAGUUUCAAGGGCAACUCCAUGAACUUCAAACUCCUGUUCAUUGUCGAAUCAAGUAUGAAGCUUCAGACUCACUCUUUUGUGCUGUGGAUCAGAAUCAUAGGACCUUUUCAAUAGAUACAAGCAAUUUGUGCCAAACAUCUACUACUUCCCAGACGCCUGUUACACUUACAUCUCCCUUCAAUAUCACAUCUUCCGUUGCAGCAUCUGGAACCCUCACAAACCCUGUAACUGUGGCAGCUGCCAUGAGCAUGAGAAGUCCAGUGAAUGUUUCAAGUCCUCUCAACAUAACUUCUCCAAUGAAUUUGGGUCAUCCAGUUACAAUUACAACUCCAAUUUCUAUGACUUCUCCCUUGUCCUUGUCUUCACCUGUAAAUUUGCCUACACCAGUUACUGCUCCUAUGAAUAUAGCACAUCCGGUCACUUUAACAAGCCCUAUGAAUCUGCCCACACCAAUGACAUUAGCAGGCCAGUUAAACAUAGCUAUGAGACCAGUGGAAAGCAUGCCAUUUUUGUCUCAAGCUCUGCCGUCUACACCGCAUUGGUGAAGAACAUUUGUCCAAGUAUUAAGAAGUUGUUAUAUCUACCUGCAGCUUUCAGUAAAGUCUUUAAAAAGAUUGCAGAAAAGCUUGCUGACCCUCGAGUUUAGACAAUUUUAUUUGUCCUUCAGCCUUCGUAUUUAUUGUCCUGGAACAUGCCAAUUAAUAGAGGGGAUCAGAACAGUGAAAAUGAAGAAAAGUAUAGUGUAGAAGACUGCCUGAAGUCAUAGCAAACAUUGUGUUAAGAUUUUAACCUGAUAUCUUGGAACUUUUUGAAAGAUAACACUAGCAACCAAUAUCUUCAUUUUAUUCUCAUACGUUUGAACAGGUUUAUCACUACUGCAGCUUAACCAUUCAAAUUCUAGUGCAGUCUCUGUUCUCAAUGGUUUGUGUUCUCUGCAGUCGUACAUCGUAGAACCUAAUUACUGUAUCUCAGAGAAUCUGCAUUUCACUGUGGGGAUUUAAUUAUAAGCAGCAUUUCCUAUGGAAAAGCAAAUGAUCUGUAAAGAAUAGAUUUUGCAUUGUGAUUAUGUGUGACUCCAAUCGGGACUGGAAACAUUGAGUCCACUAGCAUAGAAUGAGUCAAAACAUUAAAUUGAAUCAUUUCAUCUACAGCCCUUGACUAGUACAACGCAAAUAUAGGUGCUAUCUUUUCAGCCCCAAUAGACUUUAAUUUGAUAUUGGGCAAUGUAAAUAUUAUUAAACAUAUAACCAGAAGUUAGCAAUCUAGUUAUUUUUAUUAUUUUUAACGGUUUUUGUUUUGGAUGAAGAACAAAAGUACUGGGGCAUCUAUAUUUCUAGCCUGCAAAGACCAGGAUGAAGCUGAGAAACUGCUUCCAAAAUGCAUUUGGUCACCUUUGUUAUCUUCACGGGGCUUGGCAUGUGUAAAACACACAUUGACUCUCCAUUUCAGUGGGGAUUGGUCCGACAAACAACUGAAACGCAAAAGAAAACGAGUUCCAUGGAAAAAAGCUCCGUGGAGCGUAAUGGGUAACCAAGUUGAUCGGUUCCCCUCCCCAAUUUCCGUCUUAUUAAUGGCUUACACAUUUAAGUUGCACAAGGACUUAUGUGUUCUGUUUAAAUCCAUAUAUAGUUUUUCUAACCACUGACUAUAUGAAAAGGCCCUGUAUGACAAGCCAAGAGAAUCAUUUUUUUUGCUUGUUUUUUUUCUUUGUUCUUGUAUGUGGGUUUUUAAAGAUUUCUUAUGUGUUGUAACAAUCUGGAUUUAAUAUGUAAAUAUUUUAGCUUUUUUUAUAUUCAACCUCCCCAUUCUUGCUAUUUUCCCCCGAUAGCACUUGCUUAUUUGACAAAUAAAACAUACACAUAAGCAGACACCUAUCCAUUGCUAUGCUAGAAGUCUUUUUUUUUUUUUUGUUUUUCUUUCUUUUCUUUUUUUUAACCCUCCCCCCUCCUAAUUAUUAACCAUACUGUAGAAAGACCCAACCAAAAGUGUUUAACUGCUUUUUAGACCAUCAUGUAACAUUAACUUUUGUUUUAGGUAAGUGUUCAGAUCUUUAUUUGCUGUGGUGGCUAGCAGACAUACUUAGAAGCAAAUGUUUUGCAGCUUUUCCCGGCUAUUGAGAAGCUACUUAAUAGGCAAAGACUCUCCUUUUUAUGGAAAAAAGCAUAUUUCACUGCAACAGAUUCUAAGGCUAAUCUUUAUGUUUUGGAGCCCGUUUCUCUGCUGGAGAAAUGCAUUGUACAUCUAGCAGUGAAAGUGAAUUGUACUGCUACAAAAGUAUUUAAAAUGUUUGUUCCACAAAGUCAGAGAAAACGGCAUGCUUUACUAGAAAAAUGGACAAACCUCUCCAAGAAGAGUUGUUUGAAUUGAUAAAUACACAAAACGCUCUAGGGGGCUUAAUAUGUAUACAAUAAAAUAGACUUCAGUGUGUAAAGAAAAUUAAUUUUAUAACUGAUCUUUUGUAUUGUAGGACAUUAAAUUGUACAUCUUUUGUAUAUAAAAGAUUAGGAAACUUUCUGUAUAGCAGAAAGUAAACACAUUCCUACACUUUUACUGUAUAUGUUUGUUAUAAUGUCCAUGUAAACAUAUGCCCCAUGUUUGUGCCUUUUUAAUUAGUUUGUCUCAAUAAACAAAAUGUAGAGAAA